AUGGCCGGAAGAAACGCUGGGAGGAAUGAUGAGGCUCUUGCUGCAGCUAUGCAGGAAAUGGCUCAGGCAUUCCAUAACCCACCCAAUGCUGACGAGAACGUGGGGUCUCGUAGUCUGGCGACGUUUCAGAGGGAGAACCCUCAUACUUUUCUGGGUAGGUAUGAUCCUGAAGGAGCCUUGGCUUGGUUGAAGGAGAUUGAAAGAAUCUUCAGAGUGUUGGAUUGCACUCUUGUGCAAAAGAUCCGUUAUGGAACUCAUAAGCUGUCAGGUGAAGCCGAUGAUUGGUGGGUGGACACUCGUCUAAGGUUGGAAACUGCGGGCGAGGAGAGUACUUGGGAAGGGUUUCGUAGAGAAUUUCCGAGGAAGUAUUAUCCAGAAGAUGUGCGAGGAAAAAAAGAGAUUGAAUUCCUCGAGUUGAAGCAAGGAAACUUGUCAGUCACGGAGUAUGCUGCUAAGUUCACUGAAUUGGCUAAGUUCUAUCUUCACUAUGAUGGAGCCAAUGCCGAAUUCUCUAAGUGCAUCAAGUUUGAAAAUGGAUUGCGUCCGGAAAUUAAGAAAGCUGUGGGAUAUCAAAAGAUUCGCGUCUUUGCAGAUCUGAUUGAUAGUUGUAGAAUCUUUGAAAAGGACAACAAUGCACACUAUAAGAUCUUGUUUGAGAAGAGAGGAAGGGGUCAACACAGCCGUGGUAAGCCAUAUGAAACUCCGGUUGGAAAAGGGAAACAGAAAGUGAUUCCGGGUCGAAGAACAAGUGGGGGAGAUGCUCCUGCUAAUGUUAUCUAUUUCAAGUGUGGAAAUCCGGGUCACAAGAGUAAUGUGUGUAGGCUUGGUGAAACGAGAUGUUUCCGUUGUGGUAUGCCGGGACAUGCGGCUCGUGAUUGUAAGCAGAAGGAUUUUGUUUGCUUUAACUGUGGGGAAGGAGGACAUAUUAGUGCUAAAUGUCAGAAGCCAAAGAUGGGACAAAAUAGUGGUAAAGUGUUUGCUUUGUCGGGAACUCAGACUACAAAUGAAGAUGGACUUAUUCGAGGUACUUGUUUCAUUAAUAGCAUUCCUUUAAUUACUAUUAUUGAUAUCGGUGCCACACACUGUUUUGUUGCUGCGGAUUGUGUUGAAAGAUUGGGUCUUUCUUUCUCUUCCUUGGGUAGAGAUAUGAUUGUUGAGGUUCCCGCUAAGGGAACGGUAUCUACGUCUCUUGCGUGUAAGAGUUGCCCCUUGUCAAUAUUUGGUAAAGAUUUUGUAGUUGAUCUUGUUUGUUUGCCGCUUGUCGGGUUGGAUGUAGUAUUGGGUAUGAACUGGUUGAAAUCCAACUAUGUUCAUAUUAAUUGCUACAAUAACACUGUGAGGUUUUCUUCUGCCGAAGAAGAGGGAAGAACAAAAUUGUUAUCCAAGAAACAAUUGAAGGAGUUCAUAGAAGAAGACGGGUUGAUGUUCUUGUUGAUGGCAAGCUUGUCUGUGGAGAGUCAGGCUGUAAUUGCGGACUUGCCGGUGGUGUGCAAUUUCCCUGAAGCUUUUCCCGAUGAGAUUCCUAGUGCACCGCCAGAAAGAGAAGUUGAGUUCACUAUUGACCUUGUACCUGGUACUAGAACCAUCUCUAUGGCGCCGUAUAGGAUGUCAGCAUCAGAGUUGGCUGAACUGAAGAGUCAGCUAGAGGAUUUGCUUGAAAGGAAGUUUGUGAGACCUAGUGUAUCACCUUGGGGAGCUCCAGUUUUGCUGGUGAAAAAAAAAGACGGAAGCAUGCGACUUUGUAUUGAUUAUAGACAAUUGAAUAAGGUGAUGAUUAAGAAUAGGUAUCCACUCCCAAGGAUCGAUGACUUGAUGGAUCGUUUAGUGGGUGCUCGUAUUUUCAGUAAGAUUGAUCUAAGGUCGGGCUACCAUCAAAUUAAGGUGAAAGAUGAGGACAUUCAGAAAACUGCUUUCAGAACUCGUUAUGGACACUACAAGUACACGGUGAUGCCUUUCGGCAUUACUAAUGCACCGGGAGUAUUCAUGGACUUUCUUGGUCGUGUUGUUUCCGGUGACGGAAUUGCGGUUGAUCCAUCGAAGAUUGAUGCGGUGUUGCAAUGGGAAGCUCCUAAGUCAGUUACCGAGAUAAGAAGUUUCCUAGGCUUGGCAGGUUACUAUAGGAGGUUUAUAGAAGGCUUUUCUAAGUUGGCACUUCCUUUGACUAAGUUAACUUGUAAGGGUGCUGCUUUUGUGUGGGAUGUCCGAUGCGAAGAAAGUUUCCUUGAGUUGAAGAAAAGGUUGACAACGGCUCCGAUUUUGAUUUUGCCAAAUCCCGAGGAACCGUUUGUGGUUUAUUGCGAUGCUUCGAAGAUGGGAUUAGGAGGUGUGCUUAUGCAGAAUGGUAAGGUGGUUGCUUAUGCUUCUAGACAAUUGAGGAUUCAUGAGAAGAACUACCCUACGCAUGAUUUGGAGCUUGCGGCGGUUGUGUUUGUUUUGAAAAUUUGGAGACAUUACCUUUAUGGAUCUAGAUUUGAAGUCUUUAGAAAAGCGAAUGUGGUGGCCGAUGCUCUAAGUAGGAAUACUUUGCAUAUGUCGACCUUGAUGAUGAAAGAGUUGGAGUUGAUUGAGAAAUUCCGAGAUAUGAGCUUAGUGAUCGAGGUGACACCAAGAAGUGUGAUUUUGGGUAUGUUAAAGAUUAACAAUGAUUUUCUUGAUAACAUUAGAGAGGCUCAGAAGCUGGAUAUGAAACUUGUUGAUGUGAUCAUUGGACUCGGACGAUCUGAGAAUGAGGAUUUCAAAUUGGAUGCACAAGGUGUGUUGAGGUUUCGUGAUAGGAUUUGUGUUCCUGAUGAUGUGGAUUUAAAAAGGAUGAUCUUGGAAGAAAGCCAUAGGAGUAAUUUGAGUAUUCAUCCCGGAGCGACUAAGAUGUACCAAGAUUUGAAAAGAUUAUUUUGGUGGUCGGGAAUGAAGCGUGAAGUAGCUCAGUUCGUGUAUGUGUGCUUGACUUGCCAGAAAUCAAAGGUGGAGCAUCAGAAACCUGCGGUGUUGAUGCAACCGUUAGAAAUUCCUGAGUGGAAGUGGGAUAGCAUUUCCAUGGACUUUGUAACGGAUUUACCGAAUACAUCUAGAGGAUGUGAUGCUAUUUGGGUGAUUGUUGAUAGGCUUACGAAGUCGGCUCACUUUAUUCCUAUUAACAUAAGUUAUCCGGUGUCGAAGUUGGCGGAGAUUUAUACCAAUGUUAUUGUGAGGCUGCACGGUGUUCCUCUUUGUAUUGUUUCGGAUAGAGAUCCGAGGUUCACUUCAGAAUUUUGGAAGAGUUUGCAAGAAGCUUUAGGUUCCAAGUUGAGGUUGAGUUCGGCGUAUCAUCCUCAGACGGAUGGUCAAACGGAGAGGACUAUCCAAUCCUUGGAAGAUUUGUUAAGGGCGUGUAUUCUUGAACAAGGAGGUUCAUGGGAUACUCACCUUCCGUUGGUGGAGUUUACUUACAACAAUAGUUACCAUUCAAGUAUUGGAAUGGCGCCUUUUGAAGCUUUGUAUGGGCGGAGGUGUAGGACUCUGUUGUGUUGGCAUGAAUCUGGUGAAAGUGUGGUACUUGGACCCGAGAUUGUUCGAGAAACUACCAAGACGGUUAAGAUGAUUCGGGAUAAGAUGAAGAUUUCUCAAAGUAGGCAAAAGAGUUAUCAUGAUAAGAGGAGAAAGGAUUUGGAAUUUCAAGAGGGUGAUCAUGUGUUUCUAAGAGUGACACUUACGACCGGUGUUGGACGAGCAUUGAAAGCUAAGAAGUUGACUCCUCGUUUCAUUGGACCGUAUCAAAUUACGAGUAGAGUGGGAAAAGUUGCUUAUAGAGUGGCAUUACCGCCAAACCUCUCGAAUUUGCAUGACGUGUUCCAUGUGUCUCAACUUAGGAAGUAUAUUCCGGAUCCGUCUCAUGUGAUUCAAAUGGAUGAUAUUCAAGUGCGCGAUAACCUUACGGUUGAGACGAUGCCUUUGAGGAUCGAAGGUCGUGAGACGAAGUCCCUACGGGGAAAGGAAAUUGAUUGGGUGAAGGUUGUUAGGAUUGGUGCAGUCGGAAAAAGCACAACAUGGGAAUUGGAGAACAAGAUGCGCGACUCCUACCCCGAGUUAUUCGAAUGA